AUGGGUAGAACUUCAGCUCUUGCAGACGCUCUUAAGACAAUCACAAAUGCCGAGAAAAACGGUAAAAGACAAGUUCUUAUCAGACCUUCAUCCAAGGUCAUCUUGAAGUUUUUGCGUGUUAUUCAAAAGCAUGGCUACAUUGGCGAAUUCGAGUAUAUCGAUGACCACAGAUCCGGAAAGGUUGUCGUUCAAUUGAACGGUAGAUUGAAUAAGGUUGGCGUCAUCAUGCCAAGAUUCAAUGUCAAGAUUAACGAGGUUGAAAAGUGGACUGACAACUUGUUGCCAGCCAGACAAUUCGGAUACAUUAUCUUGACCACUUCCGCUGGUAUCAUGGAUCACGAGGAAGCUAAGAGAAAGCACGUUUCUGGUAAGAUCUUGGGAUUUGUUUAUUAA